AUGGCUGCCAAGCUACUGUCGCGCUAUCCAUGGGCUUCUCACCCCUUCAUCGUGGGUGCUCCCAUGCGCGUCAUGUCAGGCCCCUCACUGGCCGUCGCCAUCUCUCGAGCUGGUGGCCUGGGCUUUAUUGGUCCCGGUGUCAAAACACAAGACAUGGAGGUUGAUCUUGUUGAAGCGUCGACCCUGAUCAAUAAAGCGCGCGCUUCAUCUGCGUUUACCGCAUUGUCCUCAACAAACCCAAUUCUCCCGGUCGGUGUGGGCUUUCAGCUAUGGGGAGACGAUAUCGAGAUAGCUGUUGCUACCGUCGAAAAGUUCAAGCCUUGUGCCGCGUGGCUGUAUGCCCCGCGCGAGAGCCUCAGUGAAUUCGAUGAUUGGUCACGCAGAAUCCGCCAGGUGUCUCCACAAACACAAAUAUGGAUUCAGAUAGGUACCUUGGGCGAGUCAAAGCAGCUUCUGCAAAGCCUCGAAAAACCAGAUGUUGUAGUCGUGCAGGGAUCGGAAUCGGGCGGCCACGGGCGGGCGACGGAUGGGAUGGGUCUCAUGACACUGUUUCCUGAAGUCGCAGACGUAAUGGCAAGCAGCAACAUUCCCCUGCUGGCAGCGGGUGGUAUUGCCGAUGGGCGUGGAGUCGCAGCAGCGUUGUGUCUCGGAGCUUCAGGGGUCGCAAUGGGGACACGGUUCCUAGCUGCCAGCGAAGCACGGAUUAGCAAGGGGUAUCAAGAUGAGGUUGUGCGAGCAUCCGACGGUGCAGUUAGCACGACUCGCACACUGCUUUACAAUCACCUCAGGGGCACGUUUGGGUGGCCUGCUGAAUAUAGCCCGAGGACGAUUAUCAACAGAUCCUUCCUGGAGCAGCAAGAAGGCCGCUCGUUUGAAGAGCUCAAGGAGCUUCAUGAUGAGGCCUCGAAGAUGGGAGACAGUGGCUGGGGCCCGGAGGGCAGACUGGCUACCUAUGCCGGAGCCUCCGUGGGACUCAUCCAUCAAGUGGCUGAGGCAGAGACUAUCGUUCGAGAUGUGCAAAAAGAUACACUCAAACGGAUUCGGUCUGUCGGGGCCGACAAAUAG